GCACGGACUGAUUUAAGGGUCGGGUGUUGUGUUUAUGAGACACUCAUUUACAGCCUUUAUUUAUGUGUUGCUUUUCUUCGGCACCUCUUAAAAGACAGAAUGUAUAAACAAUCCUCGCUGGAUUUAGAUAACAAACCAACACGCAAACUAGCAGACACGACCUUUCAGAAGAAUGGAGAGAAAAACAGUCCUAUAAGUGUAAUUCUGGUUAGUUCAGGAAGCCGCGGAAACAAGUUGCUCUUCAGAUAUCCGUUUGUGAGGGCGUGUGAAAACAAGUCCUCAACUGCCACAAAACAGAGAAGUCCGUAUGCGCUGAGGACCACAAGUGAUGCCAAUGAGGACCAAGAUGGAGAUUCACGAGAACAAACUCCAUUAACUGAUGAACAGUUGGUAGCAGGUUUCUCUGAUAUCAUUCUCGCGACCAUCUUGGCCACCAAGUCCGACAUGUGCGGCAAAAAAUUUGAACUGAAGAUCGAUAAUGUUCGAUUUGUUGGACAUCCGACUCUCCUGCAGUCACCACACACCAUCCAGGUUUCCAAAACCGACCCUUCACCAAAAAGAGAAAUGCCAACCAUGAUCUUGUUUAGUGUUGUUUUUGCAUUAAGGGCCAAUGCAGACCCCUCGGUGAUCAGCUGCAUGCACAACCUGUCAAGGCGAGUCGCCAUCGCCCUGCAGCAUGAGGAGCGACGCUGCCAGUACCUCACCAGAGAAGCCAAACUUAUGCUGGCUGUGCAGGAUGAGCUCACCACCAUGACCGAGACAGAUGGCACUGUACAGUCUCCAUUUCGACACAUUCUUCCAAAGUGCAAACUGGCAAGAGACCUAAAGGACGUCUUCGACAGCCUCUGCACGACCGGAGUGGUGCGGCUUCACAUCAACAACUGGCUGGAGGUCAGCUUCUGUCUGCCCCACAAGAUCCAUCGUGUUGGAGGGAACCACAUUCCACCAGACGCCUUGGAGCGCAGUCUUAAGGCCAUUCGUCCGUAUCAUGCGUUGCUGCUGCUGGACAGCGAGAAAGCUCUGUUGGAUCAACUCCCACUCGACUGCUCUCCUGCUCUCUUACGACUCAUCAAGAUCUGUUCAGCCAUGAAGAACCUACAGCAGCUGGCACAAGACGCUGACCUGGCGCUCCUGCAGGUCUUCCAGAUAGCUGCACAGUUGGUGUACUGGGGUAAAGCAAUCAUCGUGUACCCGCUCUGUGAAAACAACGUGUACAUGCUGUCACCUCAUGCCAACAUAUUUCUUUACUCUCCGCUGGCAAAGCAGUUUUCACACCAGUUUCCUGGCUAUGACCUGCCAUCCAUGUUAGCGAAGUUCUCCUUACCUGUAUCUCUAUCUGAGUUCAGGAACCCACUGGAGGCAUCUGUACAUGAGGCGCAGUUGAUCCAGAUGGUGGUGUGGAUGCUGCAGAGGCGGCUGCUGAUUCAGCUUCACACGUAUGCAUGCCUGCUUGUGCCACCUAGUGAGGAACAAUCAUGCACGACGGAGGACGAGGUGCCGACGGUGAGCCGCCUGGCCGGGCGCAGCCUCAGCACGCCCACCACCCUCAGCUUCGGCUCCCCAACCAGCAGUGAUGACAUGACGUUGACAAGCCCCAGCAUGGACAACUCCAGCGCUGAACUGCUGCCAGGAGGAGACUCUCCCCUGAAUAAGAGAGUGACAGAAACUAUGUUGGCCAGUCUGACUGAGCACGAGCGCCAAGCCAUCCUCAGCGUGCCCGCUGCACAGAAUCCCGAUGACCUGCGCAUGUUUGCCCGAUUGCUCCAUUAUUUUAGAGGACAUCACCACCUGGAGGAGAUCAUGUACAACGAGAACAUGCGGCGCUCGCAGCUAAAGACUCUCUUCGACAAGUUCCGCAGUGUUUUAGUGGUAACCAACCACGAGGAUCCCAUCAUCUCGCUGUUCCAGACACCUCCCGAGUAGCACAUGCGCCUCCUCCACCCUCACACACCAAACGUUACACUGAGAUACUAUUUAUUAAGGACAUACAGUGCACGUUGGCUGUACUAAUGAUCACUGAAGUACUUUAAAUGAGACAAUGAAGGAGGUGAAUAAUGCUUUAUUGUUUGUGUCUGAAUGUAUUGAGCUCCACUGAACGAGCAUUAAACUGUCCUGUAACGGGAUAAAGCAGGAUCCCUGAUGUGAUGGCUCAUAAAUAAAUAUUUGUCAUAAUGAUCAUUCCAAACCAGGACACUCUGGGGUAAGAAAGAAAAAAGAAAAACACACAUCUAUGAAGUCAGAAAGCACAAAAGACAGGAGAUUUAUUACAGAACACCUCAAAUCAUUGGCUUUCGCAUGUGAGAAUGCUUCCUAAUAUUACUGACUGCUCCUGUUAUGGCAACGCUAAGUCUUUCUUUCCAUCUUGGUUUCACGGGACAUAUUAACUUCCUGCUGCUUGCUUUCAGCCGCUCUGUCCACCACACUAACACAACGGUGACCUCGCAGGUAAAAUCGGAGCGGUUUGGUGGCCCAUUCUCCGUGGGACUCGAUUCCAAUCCGAUGGGCUGAAACCACAUCGCUUUCUCCUGGUGUCACCCACUGCGUGUCCACCUCUAACCACAUGUCAGCAUCUGAGGCGAGGUCUCUGCGGUCGAAGCAGCGCUGGACGUCCAGAGACUGGCACAGCUUAGACGGGCCGUUACAUAACUCUCUGUCCUUCACUGUCUUGGCGCCUUCUUUACGCUUGGCAGCCCGUAGCCUCCUCAUGACAUCCUGACCCUGGAGUGGCUCUAAGGAACGUAACAGCACGGCUGCCCCUUCUCCUACAACCACACAUACAAGCAGAGGGUAACUUCACCACAAGCUCACACACACAUCAGUGUAGUGCCUUGACUUAUACUUAGUCAUAAAGCCACAGGAAGCCUCACCCUGGCUGGAGAUAUUCAUGCACAGAUAGAUGCCAUAGAUGGGGUAGACGUAGAUGGUGCCAGGCUUCAUGAACAUAGCCGCGUUUCUUUCUGUACGCUUACCACCAGCCGAGUGCGAUGCCUUGUCCUCGCCGCCCAAGUAAGCCUCGGUCUCCACCACCCUGCCUCUCAGCUCCGUGCCGUCAGAAUGCCUGCGUACCAGCACCUAGACACGGUAGAUAUAAUACACAUGCUCGAUGAACACGCUGCUCCAGCGACUCCUUCAUCUCAGAGGAAAAACAGACACAGAUAAUUACACAGUCAGCAGGUGGUGCAAUGGUACCAUUAAUCUAGGGCAGUGGUCCCCAACCUUUUUAUCGCCGCGGACCGGUGAACGUUUGAUAAUUUUCCCGCGGCCCGUUUUUUUUUUUUUUUUUUUUUUUGGGGUGUGGGGGUUUGAUUUGUUUAUAUUUUAGAUUGUUUUAAUAAUUUAAAUUUAAUUGUAUUUAAACAUGCCUUCAAAAUAAAAUACAGUUACACCAAAAAAUGAAUAUAAAGUGAUUUAACAUUUUAACGGUUCCAUCUGGGGUAAUAGGAGACAAUGACACCCGAAGUGUGUUGCUUAUGUCCAGUUUAUUCCGUUGUUUUGUUUUGGUUGCUGUCACUGCAGAAAACCCGCUGAACACAGAUAGGAUGUCGGAAAUGGCAAUAGGGAUUUAAGUGCUGUGGUUUCAAUCUCGGGGUAUUCCGCCAUGACUUUAAUCCAGAACACCAGCAGAGAUUCUAACUUUCUAACGACGUCACUUUCGUACUCAUUUUUGCUAAUUUGUGGGUUACAUUUGAGCAAACACAAUAUACACGUACACCAAGCACUGUUAAACAUGAGAAAGUACCGGUGAACAGAGAGAAGAGCGAUACACAUCUUCUCUCCACCAAAGAUACAACACCACUGCCGCUUGCAGCCGCUCAGCUCCAGACGUCACCUAAAACCGCCCCAAUAUUUUGCACAUGCGCGGUAUUGGUGCGGCUUUAGGAGACGUCUCUCAGCUCCCGGUUAACCUCUCGUCCAUGGAAAGUCGUCCAAAACCGAGAGAAAUACACCACAGUAAAUAAAAUGGAAAUAAUUUAAUGUUCAUUGGGCGGCCCCGUACCAUUUGAUCCACGGACCGGUACCGAUCCGCGGCCCUGGGGUUGGGGACCACUGAUCUGAAACAACUCGAUGUCCUGAACUCUAAAAUUCUGAUAAUAUGCGUAUCUACUGAUACUUUUGCGUGUGCACAUUACACCAAAUCAUGGAUUAUGCCACAGACUCCUGCACUUUUCGCCGCUGUCACCGUUAUAUUCCAAAAAGUAUAAAAAGUAAAAAGUAUUCAGAAAGAAUCAUGAAUUUCAAGACUGAUUUAAUCUUUGAUUAAAUGUGAUUAAGCUUUGGUGCUUUAUACCGCUCGAUACAGACGACUAAAAAUACUUUUUCCAAGACUCUACGAUCUCUAAGUGAUGGUUAAAGAGGUUUCUAUUUUGAACUUCUGUCAGCAUUCAUACAAAGCAUCCUGAAACACAUAACCAUGCACGAAUUAACACAGAAUGUAACGAAUUAGAAAGCCAGAAGGAAGUCAAGGCAUUUUGUAUAAUGGUGUGUGUGUGUGUGUGUGUGUGUGUGUGUGUAAAAUGAAACUAAUAGAGUUUCUGGGUUCUGACGGAUGCCCUCCGCCAUAAUUGCUUUCAUACGUCUCACACCGACGCUCUUUAAAGUGCUUACAUUACAAACAUGGGCACGCUUCCAGACCCUCGCAGCUGAAAGCUGUGCCACUGAUUACUAAUUGGUUGGAUUUUCUGCUUAAAUUGUAUGGCUUUCUCUGAAAUCGCUGUUUUAUGGCUCCUGUGAGUGGAACGUUGCUAAAACGUCUGACCAGAAAUCUUGCCAACAAACUGAACGUAUAUAUAUAAAGCAAGUGAUCUGUGCUCUAGUCUACGCUUUUAAUCAGAUAAAUCCAGAUAAUGAGGCACUUCCAGAACAUGCUGAGCGAGGACCAGGUACUGCACAGCGAGGGCUAGCAUAUAGCUACUGAUUUGGUGUAGCAUUUAAACCCCCAAACUACAUCUGUUUGGGACCAGUAGCUGUAAAGAGAUUUCUGAGUGGAAUCUUUUAUUUUAUAGCUUAUUCUUUAGAGGUAAAUGUUUAGACACCUCAGACUUUACUGAGUUAAUGUGUCAAUCCUUAAUACUGAAAAACUCCCCCAGGUUCUGGAACAAGCCCCGGUGCUGGUUUUCUCAUUGAUUGGGCCUGAUGUUACUGCGUAAUUCUCUUGAUUUCAUCCAAUUUUCACUAACAUGACUGCAUUGUCUCAUGUUUCUCACCAAUCAUCAUGCAGAAAUCAUUCAGAUUGGAUGAUGCAGCGAGAGUUUGGAUCCGAAUGCAGCGAGACUUCGGAUCAUUGAGAUGUGCUGAUUGUGCCAAAUGUACCAGUCAUAUCUGAUGGGGAACGGUGUCCUAAAACCCUCCGCAGCUACGCCACAGCUAGCGGCUGUAGACUUCACAUGCAGGACAAGUCUAUGUUAAUGUUUUAGAGCAAAUAAUCAACCUUCUCUAGGCUGGCUGUUUAGCUAGCAUGCUUGUCAGAUGGAGAGAGAAGCUCGAGAGUUUCUUUGUUAUUGCAGUAUACAUAAAUAAACACAUUUUAACACUCA